CGGAUGUGGAGAGACUUUCAGAUGCCUGGAAUCGCCAACUAUACCACAAUGAUGCUGAGCCCGGAUGGCCGGGUCUUGUACGUUGGUGCCCGCGAGAUGCUUCUUGCUCUGAACACCAGCGCCUUCUCUCCCGGGCCCCAGCACCAGCAGCUGAUCUGGCACGCCGAGGAGGAAAAGAAACAGCAGUGCAUCUUCAAGGGCAAGGACCCUCAGAGAGACUGCCACAACUACAUCAAGGUCCUGCUGCAGCUGAACGAGACCCACCUGUACACCUGUGGGACCAGUGCCUUCAGCCCCACCUGCACCUACAUUAGCCUGCCAGCCUUCCAGCUGCAGCGAGAUCCUUCCGGGCAGCUCUUGCUGGAGGACGGGAAGGGGCGCUGCCCCUUUGACCCGGAAUACAGAUCUACAGCCAUCACGGUCGAUGGUGAACUGUAUACGGGUACCGUAAGCAAGUUUCAGGGCAACGAGCCCACCAUUUUUCGUAGCCUUGGCAGCCGCCCACCCAUCAAGACAGAAAGCUCCCUCAACUGGAUGCAAGAGCCGUUCUUUGUGGGCUCAGCCUUCCUGCGGGAGAGCAGCGCCCAGGAGGAUGAAGAGGGCAAGAUCUACUUCUUCUUCAGUGAAACCGGCAAGGAAUUUGACUUCUUUGAAGACACUGUUGUGUCCCGUGUUGCACGUGUGUGCAAGGAUGACCUGGGCGGAGAGCGUGUGCUCCAGCGACGAUGGACAACCUUCCUGAAGGCUCAGCUGCUAUGUUCUCACCCAGAGGACGGCUUCCCCUUCAACGUGCUUCAGGACAUGUUUGUGUUGACGUCAGGCGAUGGCUGGCCAGAGACGGUCUUCUAUGGGGUCUUUACCUCUCAGUGGGAUAGGAAAGGCCCUGGGGCUGCAGCGGUGUGUGCCUUCCCCAUCUCCGACGUGAAGGAAGCCUUUGAUGGGCUCUACAAAGAGGUCAACCGGGAGACACAGCAGUGGUACACAGACGUCCAUCCUGUGCCAGAACCCCGCCCCGGAGCAUGCAUCAACCAGAAGACCCGGCAGAUGAAAAUCACCUCUUCGCUCCAGAUGCCGGACCGGGUCCUGAACUACCUGAAGGACCACUUCCUAAUGAACAGGGCGGUGCGGAGCCAGGCGCUCCUUGUGCAGUCCCGGUCCCGCUACCAGCAGCUCAGUGUGCAGCGUGUGCAGAGUCUGCGGCAAACCUACGAUGUCUUGUUUCUGGGCACAGAUGAUGGCCGCCUGCAUAAGGCAGUGAUCACGGGACGAGGAGUGAGGAUCAUUGAGGAAAUCCAGCUCUUCUCUGCGGACCAACCUGUCCUGGAGCUGCUGCUGGACUCUACCCAGGGCCUGGUUUAUGCUGCCUCGUAUGAAGCUCUGGCACAGGUGCCCGUUGCCAACUGCAGCCUGUACCGGAGCUGUGGAGAGUGUGUCCUGGCCGGAGACCCUUACUGUGCCUGGAGUGGAGGGGCCUGUCAGCUGCUCAUCCCAGGCCCUCAGCCGCUCCAGCCAGUGACCUGGGUCCAGGACGUCGAAGGGGCUGAGACAAGCCAGCUUUGCCAGAGCAGCGGCAUGGUGAUGGGCGCUCUCUCUCCCCCAGGAGAGCAACCCCAAUGUCAGCAGGUGGUGCUCCAGCCCAACGCUGUGACGACGUUGCCCUGCCCACUGCUGUCCAACCUGGCUUCCCGGCGCUGGGUGCACAACGGGGCUGCCCUCGGCUCCUCCUUCCUGGUGCUGCCCAAGGGAGAGCUGCUGCUGGUGGGGAGCCCAGCCGAGGGGGGGCGCUACGAAUGCUGGUCUCGGGAGGGCAGCUUCCAGCAGUUGAUGGCCAGCUACUGUGUGAAUGUGGAGCCAGGACUCUGGGCCAAGCUGGUGCCUCCCCAAGACCCCCUGAAGACCCUCAGCACCUCCAGGAGCAUCUCAGGAGAGAACAUCUCACUGCUGUUGGAGAGCAGGACCUACAGGACCGAGUUCCUUGUGAUGUGUGUGCUCUUCAGCAUUGUCGUGAUGCUGCUGGUCCUUUUCACGCUGCACAAGCACCAGGUCAGCCUGAAGGCCUGCCUCAAGCAGGGCCGAUGCAGAUGGUCCCAUCCCAGGACCUCGCCGGACAGAGAGGCCCCGCCCACCGAGAAUAUGCCUCCACUCAGUGGCCUGAACAUGUCUGGUGCUCUGGCAGACCACAAGGGCUACCAGGCUCUGUGCGAGAGUCUCGUGGUGAGCACACCUGGGCACGAGUCCUUAGCCUGCCCUCGUGUGGCUUUUCUGGAGUCCGAUCGGCGACCACUUAAUAUAUCCAAGACUUUCGUGGAGGUGUUGGGUCCUGUCCAGCGUCCUCGGGUUCGCCUUGGCUCUGAGAUCCAGGACUCAGUUGUAUGACCUUCCCCAAGAGGCGCCGUUCUGUGGGCUUGAAAGGAGCAGGGCGCAGUCUUCCGGUGUGACCAUACUCUGGCA